AUGCUCCCAUCCAUCCUUUCCCUUCUGGGUCUCCUCCUCUUCGCCCUAGGAGCCAAUACCAUAGCCAUCCAACCCAUCUCCAGACAAACCUGCCAAUCAACCAGAACCCACUGUCCCCGGGGAACCCUAAUUGUCAGCGCAACCUCUAAACACGCCUCUCAUAAAACCAUCCAAUCCGCCAUAAACUCCCUCCCCGACGAUGAAAGCCCACAAACAAUCCUCAUUCUAGAAGGUACCUAUACCGAGCAAGUAAACAUAACCCGCUCGGGCCCAAUAACCCUCCUCGGCCAAACAACCUCCCCCAAAGACGCAACCCGCAACCGCGUGCGCAUCAACUGGGCAGCUGGCAACAGAGACAAUACCGGUGGCACCGACAAUGUCUUCUUCAGCGUGAUGGUUGUAGCACCCACGCUCGAAGCGAGUCUCACGGGCACAGGACCGACCGGGUAUCCCGUGCCAGCUGAUACGCCAUUCGGAAAUAAGGAUUUCCGAGUGUAUAAUGUCGACUUUGAUAAUACUUGGGCUGAGUACUCGGACGGACCGGCGCAUGCGCUGAGUCUCAGUCGUGCCAAUGGCGGGUUUUAUCACUGCGGGUUUUAUUCGUACCAGGAUACUGUCUACAUCGGCAAACUCGGCAACGCCUACUUCUACGAAAGCAUUCUAGCCGGCCAAACCGACUUCCUAUACGGCUUCGGCACAGCCUGGAUCCAAUCCAGCGCCCUACAGCUCCGCGGCUGUGGCGGCGGCAUAACCGCCUGGAAGGGCACCAACACAACAACCCCAAACAAGUACGGCGUGUACGUAGUUGACUCUAGCGUGCGUGCAGCGAACGCCUCCAUCGCGGCUGAUAUCAAGGGUGCGUGUGCGCUCGGCCGGCCGUGGAAUAGCCAGCACCGGUCGAUCUUUGCGCGCUCUUACGAGGACGGGAGUGUUGAUCCGCGCGGGUAUAUUGAUUGGGUUGUUGAUGGUGUUUCGAGGUUCGAAGAGGGCGUUACGCUUAUGGCGGAGUAUCGGGCUUACGGGCCUGGGGUUAAUGAGACUGGUCGUGUUGAGGGUGGUGUUACUUCUGUUCUUGGACAGGAGGAAUGGGAGAUGUAUAGUACUCCGCAGAAGGUUUUCGGGGAUACGGAGUGGGUUGAUUGGGAGGUUGUCAAGGGGAAUUAG